CUCACCACAGGCAGUAAACACUGUGCAGGCUUGGAUGUGGUCAUCAUCCGUUAUUUUAGAUUGUUAGGCCCGAUCCGUGCAGGAAGCUGCGGUGUGUAGCAAGACCAGCGGGCAGAGAGAGGGACCAGACCGGGCCGGUACCGUGAAUUCAGUCCGGAGCGGAGGACACAUUGAUCCCCGCUGCACUGAUAACUCAACUCAGAUCACGCUUCAGUGUCACCAUGCACUCCUGGACCACAUUUGCCACUCUGCUGUGUCUGCUGGCAGGGGCCAUGACAGCCGUUCAGACCCCCCAGACAGUGUUCUUGGACAAGCAGCAGGCGAGCUUGGUGAUCUCCCGUCAGAAGAGGAACGUUGGAGGCAGUAACCCGGCUCAGCCUUCCAGCUUAGAGCAGGUUUGCAUGGAGAAAGUGUGCAACUAUGAGCAGGCCAGAGAGGUCUUCCAGGACUCGUAUCGUACGGAUAUUUUCUGGUCUGUCUACAUUGAUGGAGACCAGUGUGCAGAGAACCCCUGCAAGAAUGGAGCCAUGUGUUCAGACAGCGUUGGAGGCUAUGACUGCGUCUGUAAGUCGGGUUUCACAGGAGUCCACUGUGAAAAAGACGAGACUCUCUGCACGCUGGAAAAGGACAAGGGCUGCUCCCAGUUCUGUAAACCAGGCUACACGUCCUAUGAGUGCUCCUGUGCCCUCGGAUGGAAGCUGAGCCGCACAGACAGGAAUAAGUGCGAGCCCGCAGUCUCGUAUCCCUGUGGUAAAGUGAGCAGUCUGACUCAGUGGGAAAGCCGACUGUCCAGCAACACUCGCAGCAACUUUGAAGGACUUACCUGUAAUUUAUCCGAGUGUCCCUGGCAGGCUCUUCUGAAGAAUUCAGAUUCCACAGGUUUCUGUAGUGGCAUCAUUCUGAAGGAGAACCUGGUUUUGACUACAGCUCAGUGUGCCAGCAAAUACCGCUCCUUCAAGGUGACUGUCGGCACCCGCACCACCAACUCUGGUGUUGGAGGGGGCACGCUGUACGCAAAAAUAGUUCACAUUCACCCGCGCUACGUGGCAGAACGGUCGGAAAAUGACCUGGCUGUGAUUGAGCUCCAGGGCCGCAUCAGCUUUAGGCAGGACGUGAUUGCUGCCUGUGUGCCAGAAAAAGACUUUGCCGAAAGUGUCCUAAUGUCCGGAGACUUACCGGCCAUUGUCACUGGCUGGAAAGAAUCUGCUGCUCUAUCUGAUUUCCAGGGCCCGCUAACCCUUAACCAACUGGCGUACAACAGCCUGCCUCAGUGUGUGGACACUCACUCCAACCUGAUGACCAAUAAAAUGGGCUGCACCACUCCCCGCACCAACGCCGACUGCACCAUGAGCUCCGGCAGCCCCCUGCUCACCCUGUACAGGGAGGUGUUCUACCUCACUGGGGUGAUCAGUCGGCCCCAAGAGGCUGACUGCAGCAAAGGCUACGUCUUCCAGAAAGUGUCGCGCCACCUCGGAUGGCUGCGGUCUCUCAUGGGUUCACGUUAGAUGGGCUAGUCAGGGAGAGCAUGGAGGUUAUUAGUAAUGGAAAAAAUAUUAUAAUGCAGGUAAAUAUAAAUAAAUACUUUAAAACAGGGAAUCUGAUGAACAUUUUCAUGGAUCACCUGUAGCCCAAACUUUGUUUUGUCUUUGUGUCUUUUAAUAAUAUCCAUCUCCUGUAGGAAAACUAUACCAACCAUAUAGUCUCAUUUUAGGCUUCUGAUCCGUCUGCGUGGACUUCCUCAUUUAUCCACAUGGUGGCUCUCUGUUAACAUAAACAGAGAAGCACUUUCUGUAUGAAUCAACUAACCAGAUGGUGAAAAGCAGCAAGAAAUACAAUGGAUUAUUCAGCAUGUGUUUUGUGACGUCGACAUACCUUUUAUUAACCUUUCAUGUGAUGAUACUUUAAGCGACUACUGUACUGGCUGACAUGCACCUUGUAACACUCCAGGUAAUCACUGUUCUAUGAAUGUAAUAAACCCUACCAAAACA